UCAAAAUUUCAACGGUCUGAAUUCUAUUCUACUCUAAUCUCUUGGAUUCUCAACCCUCUUAUCACUCUGCGGCUUGUUUCCAUUGUUGAUACCAUUAUAUAUAGACAGCCAAAGCAUUAUACCCAAACCUAACUCACAUAGUAAAGAAGAAAUAGGAAAGGUGAUAUGGCUUCCGUUAUGCUCUCUUCCGCUACAAUGACCUCUUCUCUGGCUCAUUCCACAAUGGUCGCACCAUUCAUCGGACUUAAGUCCUCUGCUGCUUUCCCAAUGACAUGUAAGGCCAACACCGAAAUUACUUCCAUCACAAGCAAUGGCGGAAGAGUUAAUUGCAUGAAGGUGUGGCCUCCUGUUGGCAAGAAGAAGUUUGAGACUCUAUCUUACCUUCCUGACCUUACCGAUGUCGAAAUAGCCAAGGAAGUUGACUACCUUAUCCGCAACAAGUGGACUCCAUGUAUUGAAUUCGAGUUGGAGCACGGUUUUGUAUACCGUGAGCAUGGAAACAUCCCUGGAUACUAUGAUGGACGAUACUGGACAAUGUGGAAGCUUCCUUUGUUCGGAUGCACUGACCCAGCUCAGGUGUUGAAGGAAGUGGAAGAAUGCAAACAGGAGUACCCCAAUGCCUUCAUUAGGAUCAUCGGAUUCGACAACAAUCGUCAAGCCCAGUGCAUCAGUUUCAUCGCCUACAAGCCACCAAGCUUCACUGAUGCUUAAUUACACAGCUUCAUUGCUUUGUGUAAACAACAAAACUUUAUCCUUCCCUGCCUUUGAUUUAUCAUAUUUUUAUAUAUUUUAUCUUUUGUUUUAAUUUCCGGAUUUAAUCUUUGUUUUCUGGGUUGCAAGAUA